CACCCUUGUUAAGCUCCCGGCCCAUUUGCUAAACUAGGCGCCAACUCCUCGCCGCCUCCCGCGAUUUCCUCCCCAAUCCAUUUCGCUCCUCCUCCGCCCCGUCGACGAACAGAGCGGUCCGUGCCAUGCCGCGGCAGGGGCGACGGGGAAGAGGGCGCGACCGGCCGGGCCGCGCCUGAGCGACGUGGGGUGAUCGGGCGGCGCCAAUGGACGAGUCCGGGGACGCCGGCAGGGGAGGGAGGGGCGGCGGGAGGUCGAGGCAGAAUGGGGGCCGCUCGUCGGUCCGGCUCGGCGUGCGGAUGGAGUUCAGGUUCUCCGGCUUCCACGCCGUUCAGGUACCAGUAGUAUCAGACAGGCUGCUCAUUACAAUCACGUCAGUAGACAGUGGAAAAACAAUUGCCAAGUCAAGUAAAGCGGCUGCUAUUAAUGGAGCCUGUCAAUGGCAUGACUCCAUCCUGCAUGCAAUUCGGUUUCCUAAAGAUGAAGUGUCACAAGAAUUUCAGGAGUGCCAGUGCAAGAUUGUUGUUUCCAUGGGAUCAACAAGAACUGCUGUUCUUGGGGAAGCGUACCUAAAUCUGACGAACUAUCUCAGUUCAUCAGACUCCACUGACAUCUCUUUGCCAUUGAAGAAUUGCAAUUCUGGCACAGUUUUACAGCUUAAGAUUCAAUGUCUUGGCGCAAAAUCUAAAUCAAGUGGGAAAUCAUGGAAAGGGCUAUCUUCUAAUCUUAAGGAGAGUCCAACCAAUGAUGAGAUGGACAAAAAGGCAGACGUCUUUGACAUUCUGUUGAAGUUGAACAAGGGUGCUCAGUCUUUGUCAGAAAAUAAUUUAGAAGCUGAUAAUGCAGAUGAAUCUGGAAAUAGGGAUGCAAGUUUCUCAGAAUCAAAGUCUCAUGGUGAUGAUUCAUCCAAAAAUCACCUUGACACCGCCGAAGAAAAACUUGAGGAGUUACGUAACGCGGCAAAAGUGUGGGAGAGACAUUCUCGCAAGUUGAAAAUUGAACGGAAGACAUUGAAGAAUGAGUGUGCUGACAAAUCCAAGCAGCAGGCUGAGCUAGAACGGCAACUUUCUGCUUCACUUUCUGAACAGGAUUCCUUGAGGCAAGAAAUUGAACAAGUAACAGCCCAACUGAACAAGACUCAAGAGACCAAUAUAGAGCUUGUUUCCAUUCUCCAAGAACUGGAAGAAACGAUAGAACUGCAGAGAGUGGAAAUGUCCAAACUUCCCCAAGUGAGUGAUGUGGCUGAUCACGAGGUCUCCAAAAGUGAAUCGACAGUUCAAGAAGCUGCAGAAUGGGCUAGAAUACUGUCACAAAAAGAAGAUGAAAUCACAGUGUUGAGGGAGAAACUGAACCGUGUUCUCAAAAUGGAGAAUGCAGAUGGUGCAGGCCCAGAUGUUAUUUAUCUUGAAUUGGAAAAAGAAAAUGAUUUUUUGAAGGUCAAAAUACAGGAGCUUGAGAAUGACUUUUCUGAAUUAACGGAGGAAAAUUUCGGGCUUAUAUACAAGUUGAAAGAAGCGAGUGGGGUGGCGAAAGAAGAGGAUCCCUGCAUUUCUAAUAGUGAAGAAAUGCCCACCGUGGGGAGCCCAACAUAUAAGAUAAAACACCUAGAGAGAAAAUGUGCUGACCUUGAGUUGAAUCUGGAGAAUUUUAGGUCCAAGUUCAGUGGGCUAGAAGAGAAGUUCCAGAAAAGCCAAGAGGAGUUAAAAGAGAGAACACUUGAAUUAUCUGAGCUGAGGGAAAAGCUCUCCCAUGCCACUGAACUGGAAGGGGCUGACACUGGUAGUUCAAGACAUUAUAGACUGAGAAGUGGAGAACCUGAUGAUACUGAAACUGACUUAGAUGUGUUGAAGCGUACAGUUCAGCUGAAAGAACAAGAGAUCGAUGGUUUGCAACACUGUACGAGAGAAAUGGAGAACACCAUUGCUGAUAUUCAGAAAGAGAAGAGUCAGUUAGAGGAACGUUUGGCAGCAUCACUUCAAGAAAGUAGCAUGACUUCAAAAUGCUUGGUUGAAGCGCAUGAAGAUCUCGUGCUUACCAGCAGUGUAGAUUCCCAUGUUUCUUCCAAUGAGGUCCUCGAAACAAAGAUCAGUGAGCUUGAGCGUACAGUUCAGCUGAAAGAACAAGAGAUCGAUGAUUUGCAACACUGUACGAGAGAAAUGGAGAACACCAUUGCUGAUAUUCAGAAAGAGAAGAGUCAGUUAGAGGAACGUUUGGCAGCAUCACUUCAAGAAAGUAGCAUGACUUCAAAAUGCUUGGUUGAAGCGCAUGAAGAUCUCGUGCUUACCAGCAGUGUAGAUUCCCAUGUUUCUUCCAACGAGGUCCUCGAAACGAAGACCAGUGAGCUUGAGCGUACAGUUCAGCUGAAAGAACAAGAGAUCGAUGGUUUGCAACAUUGUACGAGAGAAAUGGAGAACACCAUUGCUGAUAUUCAGAAAGAGAAGAGUCAGUUAGAGGAACGUUUGGCAGCAUCACUUCAAGAAAGUAGCAUGACUUCAAAAUGCUUGGUUGAAGCGCAUGAAGAUCUCGUGCUUACCAGCAGUGUAGAUUCCCAUGUUUCUUCCAAUGAGGUCCUCGAAACAAAGAUCAGUGAGCUUGAGCGUACAGUUCAGCUGAAAGAACAAGAGAUCGAUGGUUUGCAACACUGUGCAAGAGAAAUGGAGAACACCAUUGCUGAUAUUCAGAAGGAGAAGAGUCAGUUAGAGGAACGUUUGGCAGCAUCACUUCAAGAAAGUAGCAUGACUUCAAAAUGCUUGGUUGAAGCGCAUGAAGAUCUCGUGCUUACCAGCAGUGUAGAUUCCCAUGUUUCUUCCAACGAGGUCCUCGAAACGAAGACCAGUGAGCUUGAGCGUACAGUUCAGCUGAAAGAACAAGAGAUCGAUGGUUUGCAACAUUGUACGAGAGAAAUGGAGAACACCAUUGCUGAUAUUCAGAAAGAGAAGAGUCAGUUAGAGGAACGUUUGGCAGCAUCACUUCAAGAAAGUAGCAUGACUUCAAAAUGCUUGGUUGAAGCGCAUGAAGAUCUCGUGCUUACCAGCAGUGUAGAUUCCCAUGUUUCUUCCAAUGAGGUCCUCGAAACAAAGAUCAGUGAGCUUGAGCGUACAGUUCAGCUGAAAGAACAAGAGAUCGAUGGUUUGCAACACUGUGCAAGAGAAAUGGAGAACACCAUUGCUGAUAUUCAGAAGGAGAAGAGUCAGUUAGAGGAACGUUUGGCAGCAUCACUUCAAGAAAGUAGCAUGACUUCAAAAUGCUUGGUUGAAGCGCAUGAAGAUCUCGUGCUUACCAGCAGUGUAGAUUCUCAUGUUUCUGCCAAUGAGGUUCUCGAGACAAAGAUCAGUGAGCUUGUGCGUACAGUUACGCUGAAAGAACAGGAGAUCGAUGAUUUGCAACAUUGUGCGAGAGAAAUGGAGAACACCAUUGCUGAUAUUCAGAAGGAGAAGAGUCAGUUAGAGGAACGUUUAGAUUCCCAUGUUUCUGCCAAUGAGGUUCUCGAAACAAAGAUCAGUGAGCUUGUGCGCACAGUUAUGCUGAAAGAACAGGAGAUCGAUAGUUUGCAACAUUGUAGGGGAGAAAUGGAGAACACCAUUGCUGAUAUUCAGAAGAAGAGUCAGUUAGAGGAACGUUUGGCAGCAUCACUUGAAGAAACUAGCAUGACUUCAAAAUGUUUGGAUGAAGCGCGAGAAGAACUCCUUGUGCUUACCAGCAGUGUAGAUUCCCAUGUUUCUGCCAAUGAGGUUCUCGAAACAAAGAUCAGUGAGCUUGUGCAUACAGUUAUGCUGAAAGAACAGGAGAUCGAUGGUUUGCAACUCUGUACGAGAGAAAUGGAGAACACCGUUGCUGAUAUUCAGAAGGAGAAGACUCAGUUAGAGGAACGUUUGGCAGCAUCACUUGAAGAAAGUAGCAUGACUUCAAAAUGGUUGGAUGAAGCGCGGGAAGAUCUCCUUGUGCUUAGCAGCAGUGUAGAUUCCCAUGUUUCUGCCAAUGGGGUUCUCGAAACAAAGAUCAAUGAGCUUGUGCAUACAGUUAUGCUGAAAGAACAGGAGAUCAAUGGUCUGCAACAUUGUACGACAGAAAUGGAGAACACUAUUUCUGAUAUUCAGAAGGAGAAGGAUCAGCUAGAGGAACGUUUGGCAGCAUCACUUGAAGAAAGUAGCAUGACAUCAAAAUGCUUGGAUGAAGCGCGAGAAGAUCUCCUUGUGCUUACCAGUAGCGUAGAUUCUCAUGCUUCUGCCAAUAAGGUUCUCGAAAGAAAGAUUAGCGAGCUUGAAAGCCGCGAAGUUGAACUAGAGUUGCUUGUAACAAAGCUGGAACAAGAGAAUAUUGAGUUUUCCGAGUUCAUAUCUGAACUAGAGUCUCAGUUGACUUCUCUCACAAGUGAAGAGGAGGCAACCAGGCUAGAAAUGGAUUAUUCUAUAUCACUUAUCGCAAAUCUUAAGGAUUUAGUAGAACAGCAGCAAGCAGAGAUGGAAGCUCAAAAGCUGGAAAUGAAGCAAAAGCAUUUGGAGUCCCAAACUAGAUUGUCAGAAGUACAAGAGGAUUCGGAGGCUCUAAGAAGAUCAAAUGCAAAACUACAGGCCACAAUUGAUAGUGUUGCUGAAGAAUGCAGUUCUCUUCAGACUCUAACAGCUGACCUAAAGAAGCAGAAGCUGGAAUUACAUGACCAUUGUGCACAGCUGGAGCAGCAAUUAGAUCAAUCAAAAAGGAAGACAAUGGAUUUGUUCGAAACAGCAGAGUUCCUAGAGGCAAAACUCUCUACGCUUCAAAAAGAGGUAACUUUAAAAGAGCAAUCUUUGCUUUCAGAGCUGGAGAAUAUAUUCCAGGAGCACAAGGAACACGAAGAAAGGAUAAAUAGUGCACAUUUCCUUUUAAACAAGAUAGAGAACGAAAAGAUUGGUGAAGUGAAGAAUCUUGAGAGGGAGGUCAUGAGCCUUACUGCACAGCUGUCCUCCACAGACGGGGAGAAAGACAGUGCCGCCUUGGAUAGCAUACAUGAGGUCUCCAUCCUGCGAGCAGACAAGGCCAAACUUGAGGCUAACCUUGAAGAUGUCAGUGCACAAAUGAGACAUUAUCAGUCUCAGUUGGAAGAUCUUCGUACAGAGUCUAAAACCAAAAUUAAAGGCCUGAUUGAUUCGCUUAACGCAUCCAAACAUAAUGAGGAAACGCUGACAACAGAUGUUGAGCAUAUGACAAGAUUGAUGGAAGCUGCUAGAUCCAAUGAAGAAAACUUAAGGAAAACUUCAGACGAACUAGAGUUGAAGUAUAAAUCCAGUGAUUAUGAGAAACAGGAAGUAAUGGAGGAAAUUUCUGGACUAAAAAUCCAGGUUAGCAAAAUGGCAAGCAUCCAAGAUGAAGUUUUCAAACUACAAAGUUCUCUUGAUCAGGCUAAGUUUGAAAAGACAAAAUUAGAAGAGCGUCUGCAGUCACUAUCUGAAGAAUGUGAAGAACUAAAGGUGCAGAAGGCCAUGUUAACAGACCAAGUCUCUUGUAUCCAGAGUACUUUGCAUGAUGCCGAUGAAGAAAAUCGUCGUAAAUCCACUCAAGCAAAGCUUGUAGUAAAUAAGGGUAAUGACGACGCUGCUAAUGACAAUGGAGGUACUCAUGUUAAUGAAGAUCUAGACAUUCACUCAAAGCUAGAAUUACUGGAGACUAGACUUGCUGAUGCAUUGGAGGAAAAUAAAUCAUAUAGGGCGCAGCUGCAAAGUCCAACGGGAGAGGGACAACUCGGUAGCAGGGAUGAAAAGGAUAACAAGGAUGGGAACAGGAUAGCACAACUGGAGUCAGAGCUAAAAGAUAUGCAGGAUCGGUUACUCAACGUGAGCAUGCAAUAUGCAGAAGUGGAGGCUCAACGAGAAGAACUAGUUAUGGAGUUGAAAAGUGCAACUGCAAGGAAGGGACGAUGGUUCUAGGGGAUGACGAGCAACUGUGUGCCAUAACCGUAAGGCCCACAGUCCACAGUACAGAUGCAUGAGCGUGAGCAUGAGUACAUCAAUCAGUAUUUGUGUCCUCAUAACGACUUGGUUAUCUAAUUAUCAGGACAUAUUUUGUCGACGUCGGAGGGUACCGGCAUUCCCAGACAACCACCGUGCAAGAGCUGAGUAAUUCCAAGCAAGUGCAGAACUGGAUAUGUGCUCUGAGCUGCACCGGAAGCUGUGCCCCCAAAAGAAUAAAAUGCUCAUGGUUCUCACUUCUCAGGUCUCAGUGAUGAAGCAAUCACAUGGCAACAACCAUUCACAGUUAGCAGUUGGGAGGCCCUACUACACUUAGUCUCAACCGAUUAUUAGUUAUCACAACUUCACAAGCAUAUGUGGUGCUAGGGGAUAGCCUAAAAUUCAUCGGUUCAUAUAACCACACAGACCACUCUUCCCUUUACACAGAGUGACAGAGCCAACAUAACCGUUGGUUAGUUCAUCUUUGUAGAUUAAUCAACUGCUGAUAAGUGUAGUUUUUCUUGCUGAAUUGUAUAGUUGGUCACGUGAUAUCCUUUUGUAGGCUAAUGUUCUUUCACAUGUAAUAUAAUACUCACUCCGUCCCAAAAUAAGUGUCUCGACUUUAGUACAACACAAAGUUGAGAAACUUAUUUUGAGAUGGAGGGAGUAUAUGCACAUAGUCUGUCGAUUACUUUGUUA